CGGCCGUUAGGAAUAAAGAGCUCCGUGUGUGAGCAGCGGCUACGCGCCGUGCCGUCGGGUCGGGUAUCCCGUGCCAAAAGGAGAAAGGGGACUUCACCUCACCUUUCUAAGAGGUACCAACACGUCUCCUCUGUCCGCUCUGCGAAAGGUUCUUCUGCUGAGGGGGUGAAGAGCGAGAACCAGAACGGAGGAUGCGCGUCUGAAACCGGGUGCAGAUGUCAAGAGCAGCAGCGGGAUGCGGUGUUAAUGGAAGCAGUCUCCGAGUCAACCUGGAUGGCGCUACACCCCACCACCAUGCAGCUCUGGAGUGCUGAGGUGGUACCACACCUGCUCCAGACACAUUAAUUGCAACCAGGAGGUCACCUGAUGGAUUCCCAUCCUGCUUGCUCAGUGCUCAGCGUGCCCUCUACCCAUUGCUGUGAUGAAGACCGCCAGCCGUGCCCAGUCCCGCAGCAGUCCCCCGCUGGUCCAGAUGAGGCACUACACCCCCGGGGUCUACCCUUUCUUGUUCCCAUCAGUCAUCAGCUCCCUGCCUCAGCUGCCGCCACCAUCACCUCAGAGGCUGCAGAUCCAGCAGCCAUCAAGCAGCGGCAGCACACCAUCACCAGUCGCCAUUGAAACUCAGAGCACCAGCUCCGAGGAGCUCGUCCCCAGCCCGCCAUCCCCACCGCCCCCUCCCAGAGUCUACAAGCCCUGCUUCGUCUGCCAGGACAAGUCCUCCGGAUACCACUAUGGCGUCAGUGCUUGCGAGGGCUGCAAGGGCUUUUUCCGCCGCAGCAUCCAGAAGAACAUGGUGUACACGUGUCACCGGGACAAGAACUGCAUCAUCAACAAGGUGACGAGGAACCGCUGUCAGUACUGCCGCCUGCAGAAGUGCUUCGCAGUGGGAAUGUCCAAAGAGUCUGUUCGAAAUGAUCGGAAUAAGAAGAAGAAGGAGAGCCCGAAGCCGGAGCUGGCAGAAAGUUACGAGCUGACAGCUGAGCUGGAGACCAUCAUUGAAAAGAUCCGUAAGGCCCAUCAGGAAACCUUCCCCUCCCUCUGCCAGCUUGGCAAAUACACCACGAACUCAAGUGCAGACCACCGUGUGAGGCUGGACCUGGGCCUGUGGGACAAGUUCAGCGAGCUGGCCACUAAGUGCAUUAUCAAGAUCGUGGAGUUUGCCAAACGAGUGCCUGGCUUCACUGCUCUGACCAUUGCUGAUCAGAUCACGCUCCUGAAAGCUGCCUGCCUGGACAUACUGAUCCUGCGCAUCUGUACGAGGUACACUCCCGACCAGGACACGAUGACCUUUUCAGAUGGGCUGACCCUCAACCGGACGCAGAUGCACAACGCUGGCUUCGGCCCGCUCACCGACUUGGUCUUCACUUUUGCCAACCAGCUGCUGCCCAUCGAGAUGGACGACACGGAGACGGGCCUCCUCAGCGCCAUCUGUCUCAUCUCCGGAGACCGUCAGGACUUGGAAGAGCCCUCCAAAGUGGACCAGCUCCAGGAACCGCUCCUGGAAGCUUUGAAGAUCUAUGUGAGGAAGCGCCGGCCCAGCAAACCACACAUGUUCCCCAAAACCCUGAUGAAGAUCACAGACCUGCGCAGCAUCAGCGCUAAAGGAGCUGAGCGGGUCAUCUCUCUGAAGAUGGAGAUUCCAGGUUCGAUGCCACCACUCAUCCAGGAGAUGCUGGAAAACUCAGAGGGCCAAGACGGCCAGAGCAGCAGCAGCACUUCAGCUGAGGCCGGGGCGAGUCCCAGCAGCAAGGGCAGCCCCAAGGAGGACGCCGCCACGCUAGAGUCACCGGAGCCCCUCGACACGGAGGGGGCCGCGGCCACGCCGCCCAGCGACGAUCCCUAGGAGGCGCCUACAGGUGCCUCUGAAACUCUUUGACAUUUGUUUGCACAAAAAAAGAACAGCCGGAAAAAGACACUGACCCCCUAUAACCCCCUCCACCCCGACUCCUUUGCUUGGUAUUACGUUAACUUAAAAUCCUCCUAUUUUUCUCUCUAAUUUACUCUAAAUUUUCUCCUGAAAAGACUCGGAGGCCUCAAAGGAUGAGUGCUUUGUGUAUAAUUCUGAUUGAGCUCUUAUUUGACGUGGGUUCUCUGGGGCCGGCACUGGGACAGCAACGUUGUGGCCCUCGCAAACCACCAGACGUGAUACUCCUCAGGUCUCCUGUGUAAAUUCUUAUCUGCAUGACGGGAGUUUGAUAAGUGGUUUUUCUCGCUAUCCUCUGCUUCUCUGACAUCUCUCCUCAUCUCCUGUAUUGUUGGCAUACAUGCAUUGUACAUACCAUUGUAUGGUUAGCUCUCUGUUUCUAUGAUGAAUUUUGUGGUGCUUCUUUCAUUGUCUUAAAUAUUAUCUUUGAAGCGAUACAUCAAGGUUGAAAGCAGGACUAAGUCUUAGUCCUUCAAAAUAAUUUUGAAUGUUAUUGCACAUAGACAUUACAGAAAUCAAAUGUUUUAUAUUUUUUCCUAUAUUUAAAGCUGUUUUUGUCUUUAAGAACACUUAUUAGUUCAUGAGAUGACAUGAAUAAGUGUCCAUCCGCACCGCCAGAAUGCAAAGCUUCUCUCCAUAUUUACAGCCGAGUCUGUUCAGCUGUUUCCUCACGGAGGGAAGCGCAACAGCAGAAGCCUUCGAUACACACUCAUCAGACUGGCAGCGUCUGUUCACUUUCCAGUCUAGACAUAAGCAGCACAGAUUAGAUUUAUAAGACCUUCCAUGAAAUCAACUCAUUUCCUUCGUCAUUAAAUCAGUUACCUGAACGAUCAAAACAAAUCAAGGGAAUUAGGGUUCUCGUAGACAGCAGAGAUUUUUCUGCUAAGUGACAUAGCAUCCGUUUUCCUUAACGCUGUGCUUUAGCUUGAGCUUUUCUACCAACACAGUCCUGUUUAGUGGAAACUUUCCAAAAUUAAAUCUGACCUCAUGGAUCCAAAUCACGUGUUUCCAGAAUGGCUGGCCAGUCUUUGACUGUAGAACCCAGCGACAGCACUUUUGGACAGUUAAAAACCUCCUGAAGGAAGCAAAGAUGGUAAAUUUAAAGCUUUUUGCAGCAUUAGUAUCAAUACUGACUCAGCGAAAUGAGCAUCAUGCAUCUCCAUCUAGUUUUAGCUGCUAACAUUAGCAUGAAUUAGCCACCAGUGUUUUGUAGCAUGCUGAAUUUGCUAAUUCUUGCUAAUUCUAUUUUGGGUUAUCAUGAUUAGUUGGUAAGGUGUUAACAUUCCCAGCAUCAAGCUUGUGGCUUGUUAUACACUUUAAAUGAGGUUACAUUUAGUACUGACACAUUAAAUUCUGAGUAUUGUCCUAUGCUAGUGUAGCUCACAAUAGAAAUUUAAGUAGGUAUAGCUCAGCUUUUGCAGCAUAUAGAUGUAAUCAGUCAGAUCCCCUGAUUGAUCAGGUCUCAGCUCAUGAUGGAUGGUUGGAGCAAUUUUAAAUAUUGGACCAUCCCACCAUUGCAUUGAAGAAACAUUAAGGAAACUAGUAUUUUACAUCCGUGCUGUAAUUGGCUAAGCCUGCUGAAUACCAUGAAACUACACCUGCCUAUCUAUCUGAAAAAGGACUGGAAAUCAGAUUACCUACAAAUUUUAGACAACUACUUUUGAGGCAAUUUCUAACAUUUUUAUCAUCCUAAAUACUAAUAAUAAAUAAAAAACAGCCUAUUAGGUAUGCUUAGCUAUGCUAAUCACAAUUCCUCCAAAUAAAUCAAAAUGUUCAUGUUGUUUACAACUUAUCAAAUAGUCCAACUACAUGUGUCUUUAUUACAAGUUAUUCCUUAUUUCAAAUCUCACCACUGUCCAAUCUUAGCAGUCGUAUGAUGAUUACAAACAUCCAGCCCUUUUGUUGCCUUUUGCACUAGAAAUUUUUGCCUCUCGGUUAUCUGCCUUCGCUAGAUGAGCUUUCCUAAAUAGACGCCUGAACGUCAGCCUAAUGAGUGUGUAUCUACCACUAACAGCAUAAUACUACCGCACAUGAGCUCUGUUACGGCCUUAAAAACAGAGCUCCACAUCCCGCUUUUCUCUCUCUUUUCAGAAGUGUCUUGUUUAAAGUAGUGAAACAUGGGGGCAAUGCAAUCCUUAAAACACACUGAAGACCGAGCCGUGGGUCAGGAUGAUUGUACACUAAUGCAGAAGGCACAGCACACUGCGGGGUACGAUCUGAGAAUCCACCCCUAAUGUUCGCCUUGCUCUUCAGACUUGACCUUGUAAGCUAUACUUAAAUGAUGCAAAAGGAGAUUGCAGAUGACCUCUCAGCCCUCCUGGAAGAGCAGCUGAGGGAAGAUCGUCUUUGGACAGUCGAUCCAGCAGAGCUUUCACUGGCAGGGAGGUGGCCAGCGGCCAGUGUGUGUCAAAGGGAUGAGUUGGUCUCGCUGAAACUAAAACAUGAUCCCAGAGAGCUGCUUUUCUCCACAACCAAGGUCACAUAUGGUUCUGAACAAUAAGAAAAACAAACUCUGUUAUGUCCUCUCCUAGGACCCAGAAACCUUCUCUACCGUCCUGCUGGAGUCUGGACUCUUCACUCUGACAUGUGGCUGUUUCUUAAAAGGGGGAUAGCCUACACUAAAUGUAGCACUUAAAAGGAACAUUUUCAGAUUGUAACUGCAGCUAUGGAUUAAAAGCAGGAACCACAGGAGGAGGCUAAAGUUCAACUAAUUAAGCACAAAGAAAGAGGAACAGAAAACUGAUCCAGAAAACCAGUUUUUAGUGACAUUUCUACCUUUUUAUUCCAAAAGGUGACGAAGGAGCAGAUGUCUCAGGGUUGGAGCAGAUUUAUGCAGAUAUGUUACAAUUACCUGUUUGUAGAGUUUUGAAUUUGGCUAAUUCACAGCCUAAAUUAACAGUUUUAAGACCAAUUUUUUGAGUUAAGACGUUAGUGGUUUGGUGUACUGGUGGUGACACGUUGUCUUUUAAUCUCUUUAUAGUCAAAAAUGAUUUUGUACCUAACUAAAAUGUUCCACUCAGGUUUGACAUAGUCGUCAUCAGUGGACAGAAUUAGCAUAAUUUCAUGCAUUAGCUAAAAGCAGUCAUUUGUUAUACAUGUUCAUACUUGUUCUUUAAAGUGAGAGAAUACUACAGUAUUGCUGUGUGCUGUUCAGCACUUGUUUUUUAAAAGUGCUAUACAAAUAAAGAUUUAUUAUUAUUUAUUACAGUCAUGUCUGCAUGCAACUAGAAUCGAAUAUAUAUUUUACAUAUUAACUGCAGUGGAAAUUAACUGAUUCAAACUUUCCAACACCUAAAUCUACUGAUUAUAAUUCUGCUGUAUAUUUUCCCGAACAACUCGGCUGAGUCACUCUGGCUCUUCUGUUUGAUCCCAAACAUCAACAACACGCUACGGUAGUGACGGGUUCUGGGUCUCGAAGGGCACAUAACAAAAACCCAUCUGCAUCUCAUGCCGGCUCAGAAAUACAUAUCAUAAGGGAAGCAGGAGCUGUUUCGAUUUCUCUUUCUUCUGUUUUUAGUGUGUUUGAAUGUGAAUAAUGUCAUGGAGUCUCACAAAAGAAUGAUAUGCAGUGUUAAGAAGUAAUCACAUCUAUUUCAAUGUAACGUAGGGAAAGCUCCCCCUUGAUUCUCUCUCUGUCUUGCUCUCCUGGUGAGAGAUGAAGGGAGACAUCUUGGUGGUUUUUCUCUCUUUUUUUUUUCUUUAAGCUGGAAACACUUCACAGCCGAAGAAUGUUCACAUCCACCCCUGAAGCACCAGGUCAGCCCCGGGGCUCCUGGACGUAGAAGGGUCAUCGGUUUCUUUAGGAAACAACUUCAUAAUGCUGAAUUACUCUCCUUUGUUUCUGUUGAAUGUUGUACCGACAUAACUGUAAUACUCUACUAUCUAGCUCUCUGCGGAGAUGUUAUAAAUGGUGUGUGCUUUGCAUUCCAAUUGGCAGCUCUGUGGAAAAGAUGUUAUUUUGUCUUUGGAAACAUUGAGUCAUUCAGAAAAAGAAAAAAGGAAAAAAAAGGAGAUGGAACACAGCGAGCCGAUCAUACAAGACUCAUAUUUAUAUUUAGGACAAUAAGUGGAGAGGUCUGUGAAUGGAAGAGAUGAACAACCAAGUCACCUCAACAGCAGAUAUCAUUGUUGAGUUCUGUUCGUUCCAUGUCUAGUCGCAGAGCUGCCUCCUCCCUCCUCCGUCAGGAAGCCGAGCAGCUGUCGUCGUCAAACAAUCAAACUCAGUCAACUGACAGCUACUCGGUGAACUGAUCUGCAAGGGUGUGACCGAUAUGGGGUUUGACAAGAACAGAAGUUAAUUCCAUCAUCUGCGGGAAACUUUAUGUGCCAAUAGUCAGUUCAAGGAAAAACAGUUGACAAAGAAAUGCUCCAUGCUCAUAAUUCAACAAGGAAUUCUCACUAAACUCUGUGUUUCAGGGCUUUCAUUUAAAAAUUCUCACGUUGUACAAAUACACAUGACAUGAUGUCCUGGCAAUAACAUUUUUUAAUUUAUUGUAUUUCCAUAGACAGUUCAUGUACUUAACAUUUCCAGUGAUUUUAUCCCCCUAGAAACCCUUCGUAUUUAGCUACGACAUUAAGUCCUAGCUUUGUAGUUGUGGCAUUAAGUCUAGCUUGCUAGGUAAGAUGUUCUACCUUACUAGCUAAGGUAUUAAGUCCUACCUUGCUAACUAUGAGGUAAAGUCCUAGCUAGGAGCUUCCCCACGUGUCGUAUCUGGUCCAGAAAGUGUAGGUUUACACUAACUGGUCAAAACAACUCAAGUGUUUUUAGACUUUUAGACAUUUGUAGACACUACUCAUGUAAGCAACACUUCCUACUGCUUUCUAUAAAAAGAGCAAAGUUACAGACGGGUCUGAAAUUUACUUAGCACAUGUUGUUGACCCGAUUACCAGCUAGCAACUGGUGGUUUCCUCCCUUCACUGUUCUUAGUGUGACUGCAGCCAGAUAAAACGUGCUACAGGGUAUGUUUUCUUUAAGAAGUUCCCAAGUACCCAAACUCUCAAAGAGCACCCAGUACUGUUUUGUCCCAAAGUGCCUUUUAGCACUUGCCGGCAAAUAAAGUUAGCAUUAAAAAGACAACAGUUUCCGUUAGAUCAGCUGACUGCAGCUCACCCAGUUUAACACCAUAGUCUCAACCUGAUCAUCAGCUGCAUGUCUAGUAGCGAAAACAGCUCCAGUUUCCCCAACAUUACUUUGCCUUGCAUCAAAAAGCACACAAACAGUUAGCAACCAGCUAACAGGCAACAGGAAACUGAAAAGUGUAUGUUCAACCUAAACACAAAGUUUUAGCUUUGGGGCCUCUUGGUUAUGGUUAUGAAGAGUUGAUGCUAUUUUUGGGUAACCUGUCCACUUAGCUAACUAGCUACACAGCUUUAGACCCACAUAUCGGUCAACCCCUGCACAAAACACACGAGUCAGGAGCCAGCAAUCAUGACUGUCAGCGUCAUUGUCAGUCAUGAGUAGCUGUGUUUGUCAGUCCUGAAGGUGUUCCUGGUAAACAUAAAAAAAAGGGUCUAUAGACGCCGUUUUGCAUCAGUAUCAGAGAAUCUCGCUACCGAUCAUAUGCAGUGUUGUAUAGUCGUGUUAAUUAAAACGUGAUGCUCACAUCUUACUGGGCGUGAGGGAGCAGGAACUGCUGUACAUUAAAUAAAUCAGCUCCUGCUGCCGCCCACUGUGGGAACCAUUUUGAGGCGUGAGCUCCGACCGGUUUCUGCUCUCCAUUUGAAAUAUUGUCUGUUUGUAUAUUAACAUAUGCUUUUUAUGUUCAUAUACUGUUUAACUUUACCAUGAACUGUCCUGGCAAAGUAAUAAAAUAUAUUUAUUUUAAAAUACUGGUGUCUGUGCAUGUUACUAGGGUGGUGUUCUUGCCAAA